AUGCCAGACUGCCCUUGGAUUUUUUUAUUCCAGGCUGACAUUUUUGCCGGAGCAUUGUUCAUUCAAAUCUCUUUGGGCUGGAACCUCUACUUGUCCACUGUGCUUUUGCUAGCAGUGACUGGUGUCUACACCAUUGUUGGGGGUUUGACGGCUGUGAUCUACACAGACCUGCUGCAGACCGUGAUCAUGGUGCUGGGAGCUUUCGUCCUCAUGUUCAUAGGAUUUGAAAAAGUUGGCUGGUAUGAAGGACUUCAGGAGAAAUACAGGACAGCAAUACCAAAGAUCACGGUCCCAAACACAACCUGUCACCUCCCACGUGCAGAUUCCUUUAAUUUGUUCAGGGAUCCCAUCACAGGAGACCUUCCCUGGCCCGGCCUUAUAUUUGGUCUUACUGUGGUGGCUGUUUGGUGCUGGUGCACUGACCAGGUGAUGGUCCAGAGGGCUCUUUCUGCCAAGAACCUCUCCCAUGCCAAAGGUGGAUCAGUGUUUGCAGGAUAUCUGAAACUCUUACCUGUGUUUUUCAUUGUCAUGCCGGGAAUGAUCAGCAGAGCUCUUUACCCAGAUGAAGUUGGCUGCGUGGACCCAGAGAUCUGCAAAAGGGUCUGUGGAGCUGCCGUGGGCUGUUCCAACAUUGCCUACCCCAAACUGGUGAUUGAACUCAUGCCCGAUGGGCUCCGGGGUUUGAUGAUUGCAGUGAUGAUGGCAGCCCUGAUGAGUUCCCUCACCUCCGUUUUCAACAGCAGCAGCACCCUCUUCGUUAUCGACAUCUGGCAGCGGUUCCGCAGGCAGGCCUCCGAGCAGGAGCUGAUGAUUGUGGGAAGAGUCUUCAUCCUCAUCCUUGUGGUCAUCAGCAUUCUCUGGAUCCCAGUCAUUCAGACAUCCAACAGUGGAAAACUCUUUGACUACAUUCAGUCCAUAGGCAGCUAUCUGUCCCCACCAGUCACAGCCCUCUUCAUCUUGGCAAUCUUCUGGAAGAGGGUUAAUGAGCCUGGUGCUUUCUGGGGCCUCAUGGCUGGGCUUGCUGUUGGUGCUGUUCGGAUGAUCAUGGAUUUAGUUUACACCGCCCCGUCCUGUGGGGAGGAGGACAAGAGACCAGCUGUGCUGAAGGACGUGCACUACCUCUACUUUGCCCUCAUCCUCUGUGCCCUCACUGCCAUUGUCAUCAUCAUCAUCAGUCUCUGCACCCCACCCAUCCCUGAGGAGAAGCUGGACAGCCUCACGUGGUGGACCAGGCACAAAAAAGCACCUACCAUAAACCUGGAAAACCGCAUGAGUGGAGCAGCACAGACCAAACCAGAAGACAGAGAGAAGGACCUGGUGGAAACUGCAGCUUCAGGGGAUAAGGAGGAGGCAGCAGCCAAACCUCCCUGCUGGAAAAUGGUGUAUUUGUGGUUCUGUGGUCUGUCCACCGGCCCCACGCCCAGCCUGUCCGAGGAGGAGAAAGCUGCCCUGGAGCAGAGACUCACCAGCAUCGAGGAAAAGCCGCUGUGGAAGCACGUGUGCAACGUUAGUGCCAUUCUCCUGCUGGCCAUCAACGUCUUCCUGUGGGCGUAUUACGCCUGA